AUUUAAUGUAAUCCAUCCAAACGGUAACAAAUUUCUAACCUAAAAAGUCAGUUUAAUUUGGUUCGGUUUGAGUGUAUAAGAAAGCCAUAAAAAUUUAAAUCGAAACUUAAAAUGUUUCUAUCCGAUCCGUUGUUAUUCGCAUUUUCAUUAAUAGUUAGCGGAUUAAUCUUAUUUUUACAGAUUUACUAUGUGAUAAUUUUAACAGAUUUGGAAUCAGAUUAUUUGAAUGCCCAAGAAUGUUGCUCAAAAUUGAAUGUUUGGGUGAAGCCAAAAUUAGGAAUACAUCUCUUUUUGACAUUUCUACUAUUAAUUCAUGGUCAUUGGAUUUUAUCACUUAUCAAUUUACCAAUAGCUGCUUGGAUGCUAUAUGAUAUAAUUAAAACCCCAUGUGGUAAUAUGGGUGUGUAUGAUCCCACAGAAAUUCACAGCAGGGGACAAUUGAAGAGGCAUUUAAGGGAUUGUAUGAUUUUCAUAGGAUAUUAUAUGAUAUUUUUCUUUGGAUAUCUGUAUUGCAUGAUUGUUUCACUGUUAGAGGGAGAUCCUAUCAAUAGAGAUGAUGAGGGUUUGAUGGAAUUUUGAAGAAUUUACUAAUAUAACCACUUGAUGUAUUUAUUUAUUUAUUAGCAAUAAAAUGUAAACAGAA